GUUUAGGAAGAAGAAGCAGGCGAGCAGUUGCAAGAGUCGAUUACCUUGCCCAACAACAUCACUCCGCACAACCGCCAAGAUGAGAAUCGAGACGUGCUAUUUCUGCUCGCAACCUUGCUACCCCAGCAAAGGCAUCACCUUCGUCCGCAACGAUGCACGACUCUUCCGAUUCUGUCGCAGCAAGUGCCACAAGAACUUCAAAAUGAAGCGUAACCCCCGCAAACUCAAGUGGACCAAAGCCUUCCGCAAAUCCGCCGGCAAAGAAAUGGUCGUGGAUAGCACCCUCACCUUCGCGGCCCGCCGCAACGUCCCCGUGCGCUACAACCGCGACCUCGUCGCCACGACGCUCAAGGCCAUGUCGCGCGUCGCCGAGAUCAGGCAGAAGCGCGAGCGCGUCUUCUACAAGAAGCGCAUGGAGGGCAACAAGGAGAGGGCCAAGGCUGCGGAUCGCAAGUUGGUUGCGGAGAACUCGCACUUGUUGCCCAAGAUGAGGGGGAGCGAGAGACUGGCGCUCGAGGCGGCGGGAGAGGAGGUCGAGGAGGAGGUGGUGGCGCCCAGGGCGAAGGUGUUUGGGAAGAUGCAGACGAGGAGGAAGCAGUUGGUUGGAGGCGGGGAGGAGGAGGAGAAUGGAAUGGAUUUGGAUUAGGGUGGUGUGGAUGGGGGGUUGUCAGUUUGGGCUGGGAAUGUGAUGGGCGUUCGGUCUAUAUAAAAUGGCGUUGUGGUUGUGUUAAGAGAUGUCGGUGGGAAUUUGACGUUAAGAUAUACGCAAAUACACCUUCUUUGAAGCAAAACUUUUUCUGGGGUGGCUGGAUUGGAGAAACCUGCAUUUAAUGCAUGUUUUUGACGCUUCAUGCUUCUAGCGGUAUUCGUGAGGCUCAAUGGCAGGGAGACGGACUACGAACAGUUCACCUAUGAUAUCUGCAUUGGAGAUAAUAUAAUCUCUUUCUGUAGCUCCAUUUGGGGUAAGUGAUUUAUUAGAAGGAUUAAAUAAUCAUCAAG